UCUCGCGGUUGGCGGUGAGUGUCUGGCUGCCGCUGCGUGGACAGUGGGGGGUCAUCGGGGGCCAUCCUCGGCCGGGCACAACGUGCCGGCCCGGACGUCCCCGCACGCUCGCGAUCAUGCCACGCAAAAUCGAGGAAAUCAAGGACUUUCUGCUCACGGCGCGGCGGAAGGACGCCAAGUCCGUCAAGAUCAAGAAAAAUAAGGACAACGUCAAGUUCAAGGUGCGCUGCAGCAAGUACCUGUACACACUCGUCAUCACCGACAAAGAGAAGGCCGAGAAGCUGAAGCAGUCGCUGCCCCCAGGUUUGGCGGUGAAAGACUUGAAAUGAAGCAGGCGUGCCGGUGAAUCUGUAUUAAAGAUGGAAAAUUCCA